ACGUCGCUGGCGAAGGGUAGUGGGCCAGCCAAGAGGAAAUAUUUACACCAGUGUGAGAGUAGCCACAGACGAGAGAGGACAUCAAUUCGCUGCUCUUCACAUUCCUGGCUUGAAGGUCACGGCAUCAAAAGCGUCAUGGUGAAAGUAACUGUGGAGUAUUGUGGUGGAUGAGGGUACGCCCCCCGCUAUGAGGAACUAGCCAAAAUGAUUAAGCAAAAAGUUCCUCAGGCGGAAGUUUCUGGCUUUGUUGGACGCCGAAGUUCGUUCGAAGUAACCGUCAAUGAUAUGGUUACCUUUUCAAAGCUGGAGCGUGGAGGCUUCCCAAAUUUUGAAGAAGUUGUUGAAAUUGUGGUAGCUGCAGAAAAUGGCGGCUCUGUGGGCACCGUGAAGAAAACGUCAUCAACUUGCACAAUCUUUUAAAGUUUUUUUUUUUAAAUUGUCAUGGAUUAUUAAUAGAUAAAGUAAUUAAGAUUUGAUUUAAUUCUGUAAACCAUGGUGCCUCCAUAGCUCUGGUUUUUACAUUUAUAAUAAACGGUGUUAGGAAUGCAAGGAAUGUGUUGUGGUGCAAUGAUCCGUAUGAAGGAAAUAGUUCAAACACUGAUGUGUAGCUUUUUCUGAAAGUAAUUUAUAUUGGAGCACACUACAUUGCUUCAUUUUAAAUGCCCCCUUAAUAGUCAAUAAAGAUUAAUCCAUA